GAUAAACACGCGCGCGCUCUCGUCUCCUCCUCGUACGCGCCAACCCAGAAAGGCAAGCAACUGAGCAAAGCACGGGUGGUGCUAGUGCUACCAGGUACCAGCUUUGCCUUCUUGCUCUGGCGCCAUGGCGGCCGCAGCGGCGGCCCCGCGGCACCACCACCACCGCGCCGUCCUCCUCAGCGCACGAUGCAGCAGCAGCUGGUGCUGCGCGCCCGUGUCGGUGUGCGUCCUGCGGCGGCGCGGCGGCGCGUCGCUGCUGCGCCUGGGGAUCGGGGGCGACGCCGCGUCGUCGGCGGCGGGGAGGAGGUGGACGCCGCGGCGGCGGCGGCGGGUGCGCGCGGCGUCGGGGAUGGACAUCGCGAGCGCCGUGGAGGUGAUCAACGACCUGGGCUUCGACACGCUCACCUUCCUCGGCGUCACCGUGCUCGUCGUCCCCGCCUUCCGCGUCGUCAAGGCCAGCCCAGUGAAAUUCUUGGGUUCUUCUGCGCCGGCGUCGUGCUCAACCAGUUCGGCCUCAUCAGGAACCUCACCGAUGUCAAGCUCCUCUCCGAGUGGGGGAUUCUCUUCCUGUUGUUCGAGAUGGGGCUGGAGCUCUCGCUGUCUCGUCUCAAGGCUCUUGCCAGAUACGCCUUUGGAAUGGGUUUGCCGCAGGUCCUUUUGUCAACCCUCGCUUUCACGGCGUUCGAGCUUCCUCCUAAUGGUGCCAUCGGAACCAAAAUUUUGCAGUUCCUCUUUGAUUCAAGACCUGAUCUAGUGAAUAUCAGGAGUGUUGAUGAAGCAAUAGUAAUUGGGGCUGCACUAUCACUAUCUUCAUCUGCUUUUGUUCUCCAGCUUCUUGCUGAGAAAGGUGAACUCCCAACAAGAUUUGGUUCAGCUACACUGGGAAUUCUCCUCCUGCAGGACAUUGCAGUUGUUCCUCUCUUGGUCAUACUCCCUGUGCUAGAGAGUCAGAAUGUGGUGGAGCAAAGUGUGUGGCCAAUGUUAUUAGCUGAAAGCCUGAAAGCACUGGGUGGACUUGGCCUACUUUCCCUUGGUGGGAAAUACCUCAUCAGACGCAUCUUUGAGUUUGUUGCAGAGUCGAGGAGCUCAGAAGCAUUUGUUGCACUCUGUCUUCUUACGGUUUCAGGAACAUCACUUCUUACUCAGUGGUUGGGAUUUAGUGAUACACUAGGUGCAUUUCUGGCAGGGGCUAUUCUUGCAGAGACAAAUUUCCGUACGCAAAUCGAAGCUGACAUUAGGCCAUUCAGAGGAUUGCUGCUUGGUUUGUUCUUUGUGACUACAGGAACUUCUAUUGACAUGCAGCUACUCAUUCGGGAAUGGCCUAAUGUUCUAUCACUGCUGGGAGGCCUUAUUGCAAUCAAGACAUUAAUAAUUACUGCAAUAGGACCUAGGGUUGGGCUAACUCUUCAAGAAAGUGUAAGGAUAGGACUGCUGCUUUCUCAAGGAGGAGAGUUCGGGUUCGUGGUGUUUUCGUUGGCAAACAGGCUUGGUGUCCUACCGCUCGAGUUGAAUAAACUGCUAAUCAUUGUUGUUGUACUGUCGAUGGCGUUAACUCCAUUACUCAAUGAAGUUGGAAGAAGAGCAGCAGGGGUCAUCGACGAGAAAUCAGAAACACAAGAAAAACCAGCUGAGAUGGUCAACUAUGAUGCCACUGAACCUGUUGUUAUUCUUGGUUUUGGAGAAAUGGGAAAGGUCCUUGCAAGGUUUUUGUCUGCACCAUUAUCUUUUGGGCUUGACAAAGACACCGAAGGAUGGCCAUAUGUCGCAUUUGAUCUAAAUCCUGCUGUUGUAAAGUCAGCUAGAAAAUCAGGCUUUCCAGUGCUAUAUGGAGAUGGUUCGCGUCCUCUUGUUCUACAAUCUGCCGGCAUAUCUUCUCCUAAAGCUGUCAUGGUCAUGCAUACUGGAAAGGAAAAGACAAUUGAAGCUGUCAACAGAUUGCGGCAAGCUUUUCCUGGUGUUCCCAUCUUUGCUAGGGCUCAAGACAUGUCACAUUUGUUAGACCUAAAGAAAUCAGGUGCAACAGAAGUUGUUUUGGAAAACGCCGAGACUGGCUUGCAACUAGGUUCGAUGCUUUUGAGAGGACUGGGUGUCAUGUCUGAUGAUGUAUCCUUCCUGAGUAAGCUUGUGAGGGACUCAAUGGAGUUACAAGCUCAGGAAGCACUCAAAAACAUCGAAAAUCGAGAAAUUGACAUCAUGAAGCCACUUGAGGUAAGAGUAUCAGACAUGGUUGAGCGCAACGGGAACGGUUCAAGAAUGAUAGCCCAGGAGGAUUCACUACGCCUAAGUAGUCGCCCAAACAUACCGGUAAUUGAAGUGCCUCUAGAGGACCGGAUAACCGAGAUGAAGGUGGAAGAUGACCAGACAGGGUAUGACUUCAACAACAUAGAUUCUGAAGAUGGUGUCAAAUAUUGUCUGUUGGAAGCCAGCGACGACGAAAGUGAAGCCUCCAAUUCAAGCAAGGAAAUGAUCGACCAGUCUGUGUAGUGUCACUAGUACAGAAUUGCAGAUACUGAUCUUUUUAGAUGAUGAAUUUCUUUCCAUUAUCUGAAAAGAUACUAAACUUUCAUUUCUAGAAUCAAGCUCAUAGAAAGGUAGCUAGGCAGAGCAGAAGUUCAGAACUGGCACCUCUCUUGGACAUAUGCCUGUAGUUUUCAUGCAGCAUAUCUGGGGACUGGAUCGAUGGUCAUUGAAGUGAAUGAAGAGCAUGAUCACUGGGAUUAUAUGUCGAUCCUAUAUCAUGCUGCAGACAGAUAAAAUUUUCAGCUGACAAACUGAAGCUUACAUAUACCUGCUGAUGCAAUUCAGCAUUGCCAGACUGAAGUAUCACCAUCCAGAAUUCUGAAUAGCAUUUUCCUCCCCUUUUACAGGGCUCUUUGUUCAGCUAGGAAGCAUAGAUGCACAUUCCUUGCUGUAUUUCACUGUAUUUCUAGUGUAUAACAGACAGGCCAUUAAUUCCUGGGCCGAUUCAUGUACUCAUACAGAAUUAUAGAGACAUUCUGAAUUUGUGAUACGUCGAAUUUCUGUAACUAAAAAUAUUUUAAUCAAGGAGUACGAACAUCGGAUUUAGGUCCAAUUAAUCCUCAUAU